CCACUGUCCACGCCGUUCGAGUACAUGGUGCUACUGACCAUCAUCGCCAACUGUAUAGUCCUGGCCCUGGAGGAACACCUGCCCGAGAUGGACAAAACACCUCUUGCCUUACAGCUGGACGACACAGAAGUGUACUUUUUAGGAAUAUUCUGCGUGGAAGCUUUUCUCAAGAUUGUAGCGUUAGGCUUUUGUCUACACAAAGGUUCAUAUUUACGAAACGUGUGGAACAUAAUGGAUUUUAUAGUAGUAGUCACCGGGUUUCUCGAUUUUAUGUUUGACUCACUCGACCAGCCCGCGGUCCGCUCCUUGCGAGUGUUCCGACCCCUCAAACUGGUCAAUGGCAUCCAGAAUGACAUCGACCUGGGAGAUGAGAUCAGCAUCUGGCCGUGUGACGCCAACUCGGACUCUUACGGCGCGUUCAGGUGUCAGACCAACAUCUCCUCCUGUCUGCCCGGCUGGGUGGGCCCCAACGACGGAAUCACCAGCUUUGACCACAUCGGAUACGCCAUGCUCACAGUGUUCCAGUGUAUCACGAUGGAGGGCUGGACCACUGUUUUGUAUUAUACAAAUGAUGCCUUAGGGAACUGGUUCAACUAUUUAUAUUUCAUUCCUCUCAUCAUCGUUGGCUCCUUCUUUAUGCUGAACCUUGUGCUGGGAGUUCUGAGUGGACAUCACCGAGUAUGCGUUCCUGGGUCUGUUUAUCUUCGAGAUGUCGCUCAAGAUGUACGCCCUGGGUGUGCGCCUCUACUUCCAGUCUUCCUUCAACAUCUUCGACUGUGUGGUAAUCGUGGGCAGUAUAUUCGAGGUGAUCUGGUCAGAGUUCAAGCAGGACUCGUUCGGCUUCAGUGUGCUCCGGGCCCUCAGGCUACUGCGGAUCUUCAAGGUCACCAGAUAUUGGGCGUCGAUGAGGAACCUGGUCAUCUCGUUACUGUCCAGUAUGAGGUCCAUCCUCAGUCUGCUGUUUCUUCUCUUCCUCUUCAUCCUCAUCUUUGCUCUACUGGGCAUGCAGCUCUUCGGCGGAAAGAUGAACUUCGAGGACGGUCGACCGUCUGCUCACUUUGACACAUUCCCCAUCGCCCUACUCACGGUGUUCCAGAUCUUGACGGGCGAGGAUUGGAACGAGGUGAUGUACGACGGGAUCCGGGCACACGGAGGGAUUGAGAAGAGUGGCAUGCUGGCCUCUUCCUACUUCAUUGUGCUCGUGCUCUUUGGGAACUACACUUUGCUCAACGUGUUCCUGGCCAUCGCCGUGGACAAUCUGGCAAACGCACAGGAGUUGACGGCAGCAGAGGAGGAACAGGAGGAGGAGGAGGCUGUGCGUCGGGAGGAGAUGGAGAAGGAGAUGGCGGAACAGUUCUCCAGCUCCCAGGGCCGGCCCCCGCUCGUCAACAUCUGUCCUCCCUCGCCACAGAACAACGAGGAGAACAAGACAGCCAACUUCAACUACACGGGUAACCGCGUAGACAUCAACCUAAGUCAGAACAACCUCAAAGACACCAGAGACAAGAAGAUCUCCGUGGAGAACGUGGACAGCGGGCCACCCACAAAGACUUCCUCCGUCACAAUGCCGCUCGCCAAGAACGCCGAGGAAGACAUGUCUGACACUGCCAAUCACAAACCAGGGGCGGUCCUAGGAGCCAGCACCACCAGCAGCGGCACCAUGGACGCACAACCACGCACCAACAGCCAGAACGAUGAUGGAGGCUUCUCCGGACCUAAACCUAUGUUGCCCUACAGCUCCAUGUUCAUCUUUUACCCGACAAACCCGUGA